AUGUAUGAUAAAAGAGCUAUCGUGCUGCUCUUCACAGCACUAUGUGUCUGUCGCAUCUAUGCACUACCUGUGCAAGUGGGUAAUGAAGUAGCUUUCGAUCCUCCAUAUCGCUGGCCAUCCCUGUUCAGCACGCCCAUGGUCAAGCUACUAGGCGACACUUGUUACGAGAGCUUAUUUGAAGAAUUCAACAUGGACGUUCCCUGCUUCAAAUUGCUGAUAUCCAAAGGACUAGGCAUUGGUAUUGUUAUUGGAGGCGCCAUCGUCAAGAUACCCCAGAUCAUCACCAUUCUCAAGCAUCGAUCUGCGCAAGGCCUAUCGCUCACCUCCUUCUUAUUAGAGACCUGUGCCUAUCAGAUUGUGAUGGUGUACAACAUGCGCUUGCAUAACCCAUUCAGCACCUAUGGCGAAGUCUUAUUCAUGACGUUACAGAAUAUCCUCAUUUGUGUGCUGAUUGUAUGGUAUACAAGCAAAGAAAAGCAUUUAGCCGGCGUCACCUGCUUGGGUUUUCUUGGUAUUUUCACGAUAUUGAUCCUUGUGCCUAGCUGGUGCAUGGCUCUCUUGUAUGCAGCGCAGAUUCCUAUUGGAUUGGCAAGCAAAGUUCCUCAGAUUCGAGCCAACUAUCUCAAUCAAUCGACAGGCCAAUUGAGUGUAUUUGCUGUUUUAAACUACUUUGCGGGGACAACAGCACGAGCAUUUACAACAUGGACUGAAUUAGAUGAUCCCAUCAUGUUGGGAGGAAACCUAUUGGCAAGCAUCUUAAACGGCAUCUUGGUGUUACAGUUGGUUAUCUACUGGAAGAAGCAACCUUCAUCAUUGCCGAAUCAUGAUGUCGUAUGGACCAAAGCAGACUAG